GCGGGGACACAGGUCAAUCAUCUCCUGAUCGGGAAAUGCUUGUGAUUCUCGCUCUCUCCGACUUUUUUCCCCAGAUCGACUCCAUCUUCUCUUCUCCUCCUUUUCUUUCUCUUCAGACUUCUUCUAUCCUUCUCCAACUAUACGAUUGAUCACCCCUCGAUAUAUCUCACCGACAUCACUACACCCCAUCGAAUAUCAAGAUGUAUCUCCGGGGAUUCUUGCCCCUCCUCCCCCUCCUCCUCCUCCCCAUCGCCUCGGCACUCGGCACCUCCUGCAUCAAAGUCGUCGCCGCCCUGGUGGGCCGCCCCAGCGACAUCUUCUACCACUUCCAGCGCGAGAUCUGCGACGUCGGAUGUAAACCGACCAUCCCGCACUGGGACCUCUGGGCCCGCAACAACACCUUCGUGCCCGCCGCCCGCGACAUCGCCCGGCGGCUGCGCGCCCCGCAAGAAGAAGACGCGCUGAUCCGCAUGGGCGACGAGGCGGCCAACAGCAUCAAGACGCGCUGCGGUCCGCUGCUGGGGGGCCGCGAUAUCUGCUCCGAUGACGACACGCUCGCCGGGUUCGGGAACUGUUUCAAGAAGACCUUUUUGCGGUCGGCGCUGCUGAGCGUGCCGACUUUGUUGCCGAUGGUGUCGGAUGCGAUUUGCAAGGAGCAGUAUGAGUUUUUGAAUCAGGAUGAGCUGUGGCAGGAGAUUAUCCCGGGGAAUAUGCGGGAGUAUGCGCAGGCUUGUCAGAAUUUGGAGGAUGGGAUGCAGGUGCUGGAUACGAAUUGGGAUGGGAUGGGAGUGAACAUUGGGGUUUGAUUUGAUUUUAGAUUAUGUUGAUA